AUGGUUAGCUACAUUAAAGCCGAGUACGACUGUAUUUCCCAAUUGGCAGCGCAAUUGAAUGAAAAUUCCGUAAAUGGAAAUACGGAAAUUCUUGAAGAAAUUCAAAAAGCUCACGUGGAAGCUCUGUGCAAAAUGAAUUUGCUUAAGAAGCACCUUUGGCAUGCCUAUCUGCACAAACUAAUGGCUGCUUCAGCAUACCUAUGCCUAAUCAUCUAUGUUCUGCGUUUCUCAUCGGCCUAUCUUGCUGUAAUUGGUUCAUCCAUAGCUGUCUCCUAUCAGGUCUUUAUGGUGUGCUUCAUUGGACAAUUGAGUCUCAAUAGUGCUGAGAGUUUCACUGAAAAACUAUACCUGACAAAGUGGUACGAAAUGACACCUGAGGAAAAGAAGAAACUCCUCUUCGUGCUAAUGGUCAGUCAACAGAAUAUGGGCAUUGAAACGCUAGGAAUUGAAGCUGUUUCCAACAAUACCUUUGUUGGAAUUGUAAGAGCUGCUCUAUCUUAUGCAGCUUUUCUUUACACUGUUCUCAACUAG